AUGCAGCAGGGGGAGGUAGAAGGGGAGUACCACCAGCAGCAGGAGGUAGAAGGAGAGUACCACCAGCAGGAGGAGGUAGAAGGGGAGUACCACCAGCAGGAGGAGGUAGAAGAGGAGUACCACCAGCAGGAGGAGGUAGAAGAGGAGUACCACCAGCAGGGGGAGGUAGAAGGGGAGUACCACCAGCAGGAGGAGGUAGAAGAGGAGUACCACCAACAGGAGGAGGUAGAAGAGGAGUACCACCAACAGGAGGAGGUAGAAGAGGAGUACCACCAACAGGGGGAGGUAGAAGAUGAGUACCACCAGCAGGGGGAGGUAGAAGGGGAGUACCACCAGCAGCAGCAGGUAGAAGGAGAGUACCACCAGCAGGAGGAGGUAGAAGGGGAGUACCACCAACAGGAGGAGGUAGAAGAGGAGUACCACCAACAGGAGGAGGUAGAAGAGGAGGUAGAAGAGGAGUACCACCAGCAGGAGGAGGUAGAAGAGGAGUACCACCAAAGGGGAGUACCACCAGCAGCAGCAGGUAGAAGGAGAGUACCACCAGCAGGGGGAGGUAGAAGGGGAGUACCACCAACAGGAGGAGGUAGAAGAGGAGUACCACCAACAGAAGGAGGUAGAAGAGGAGGUAGAAGAGGAGUACCACCAGCAGGAGGAGGUAGAAGAGGAGUACCACCAGUAGGAGGAGGUAGAAGUGGAGUACCACCAGCAGCAGGAGGUAGAAGUGGAGUACCACCAGCAGGGGGAGGUAGAAGGGGAGUACCACCAGCAGCAGGAGGUAGAAGGAGAGUACCACCAGCAGGAGGAGGUAGGAGGGGAGUACCACCAGCAGGAGGAGGUAGAAGAGGAGUACCACCAACAGGCCGUAGAAGAGGAGGUAGAAGAGGAGUACCAUCAGCAGGGGGAGGUAGAAGGGGAGUACCACCAGCAGCAGGAGGUAGAAGGAGAGUACCACCAGCAGGAGGAGGUAGAAGGGGAGUACCACCAACAGGAGGAGGUAGAAGAGGAGUACCACCAACAGGAGGAGGUAGAAGAGGAGGUAGAAGAGGAGUACCACCAGCAGGAGGAGGUAGAAGAGGAGUACCACCAGCAGGAGGAGGUAGAAGAGGAGGUAGAAGAGGAGUACCACCAGCAGGGGGAGGUAGAAGGGGAGUACCACCAGCAGCAGGAGGUAGAAGGAGAGUACCACCAGCAGGAGGAGGUAGAAGUGGAGUACCACCAGCAGGGGGAGGUAGAAGGGGAGUACCACCAGCAGCAGGAGGUAGAAGGAGAGUACCACCAGCAGGAGGAGGUAGAAGGGGAGUACCACCAGCAGGAGGAGGAGGAGGUAGAAGAGGAGUACCACCAACAGGAGGAGGUAGAAGAGGAGUACCACCAGCAGGGGGAGGUAGAAGGGGAGUACCACCAGCAGGAGGAGGUAGAAGAGGAGUACCACCAACAGGAGGAGGUAGAAGAGGAGUACCACCAACAGGAGGAGGGGGAGGUAGAAGGGGAGUACCACCAGCAGCAGCAGGUAGAAGGAGAGUACCACCAGCAGGAGGAGGUAGAAGGGGAGUACCACCAACAGGAGGAGGUAGAAGAGGAGUACCACCAACAGGAGGAGGUAGAAGAGGAGGUAGAAGAGGAGUACCACCAGCAGGAGGAGGUAGAAGAGGAGUACCACCAGUAGGAGGAGGUAGAAGUGGAGUACCACCAGCAGGAGGAGGUAGAAGAGGAGUACCACCAGCAGGAGGUAGAAGAGGAGUACCACCAACAGGAGGAGGGGGAGGUAGAAGGGGAGUACCACCAGCAGCAGCAGGUAGAAGGAGAGUACCACCAGCAGGGGGAGGUAGAAGGGGAGUACCACCAACAGGAGGAGGUAGAAGAGGAGUACCACCAACAGAAGGAGGUAGAAGAGGAGGUAGAAGAGGAGUACCACCAGCAGGAGGAGGUAGAAGAGGAGUACCACCAGUAGGAGGAGGUAGAAGUGGAGUACCACCAGCAGCAGGAGGUAGAAGUGGAGUACCACCAGCAGGGGGAGGUAGAAGGGGAGUACCACCAGCAGCAGGAGGUAGAAGGAGAGUACCACCAGCAGGAGGAGGUAGGAGGGGAGUACCACCAGCAGGAGGAGGUAGAAGAGGAGUACCACCAACAGGCCGUAGAAGAGGAGGUAGAAGAGGAGUACCAUCAGCAGGGGGAGGUAGAAGGGGAGUACCACCAGCAGCAGGAGGUAGAAGGAGAGUACCACCAGCAGGAGGAGGUAGAAGGGGAGUACCACCAACAGGAGGAGGUAGAAGAGGAGUACCACCAACAGGAGGAGGUAGAAGAGGAGGUAGAAGAGGAGUACCACCAGCAGGAGGAGGUAGAAGAGGAGUACCACCAGCAGGAGGAGGUAGAAGAGGAGGUAGAAGAGGAGUACCACCAGCAGGGGGAGGUAGAAGGGGAGUACCACCAGCAGCAGGAGGUAGAAGGAGAGUACCACCAGCAGGAGGAGGUAGAAGUGGAGUACCACCAGCAGGGGGAGGUAGAAGGGGAGUACCACCAGCAGCAGGAGGUAGAAGGAGAGUACCACCAGCAGGAGGAGGUAGAAGGGGAGUACCACCAGCAGGAGGAGGUAGAAGAGGAGAGGAGGUAGAAGAGGAGUACCACCAACAGGAGGAGGUAGAAGAGGAGUACCACCAACAGGGGGAGGUAGAAGAGGAGUACCACCAGCAGGGGGAGGUAGAAGGGGAGUACCACCAGCAGCAGCAGGUAGAAGGAGAGUACCACCAGCAGGAGGAGGUAGAAGGGGAGUACCACCAACAGGAGGAGGUAGAAGAGGAGUACCACCAACAGGAGGAGGUAGAAGGAGAGUACCACCAGCAGGAGGAGGUAGAAGUGGAGUACCACCAGCAGGGGGAGGUAGAAGGGGAGUACCACCAGCAGCAGGAGGUAGAAGGAGAGUACCACCAGCAGGAGGAGGUAGAAGGGGAGUACCACCAGCAGGAGGAGGUAGAAGAGGAGUACCACCAGCAGGAGGAGGUAGAAGAGGAGUACCACCAGCAGGGGGAGGUAGAAGGGGAGUACCACCAGCAGGAGGAGGUAGAAGAGGAGUACCACCAACAGGAGGAGGUAGAAGAGGAGUACCACCAACAGGAGGAGGUAGAAGAGGAGUACCACCAACAGGGGCAGGUAGAAGAUGAGUACCACCAGCAGGGGGAGGUAGAAGGGGAGUACCACCAGCAGCAGCAGGUAGAAGGAGAGUACCACCAGCAGGAGGAGGUAGAAGGGGAGUACCACCAACAGGAGGAGGUAGAAGAGGAGUACCACCAGCAGGAGGAGGUAGAAGAGGAGUACCACCAGUAG